AUGGGCGGGAACCACUCCCACAAGCCCCCGGUGUUUGACGAGAAUGAGGAAGUCAACUUUGACCAUUUUCAGAUCCUACGGGCCAUUGGUAAAGGGAGUUUUGGGAAGGUCUGCAUCGUGCAGAAGCGAGACACUAAGAAAAUGUACGCGAUGAAGUACAUGAACAAGCAGAAGUGCAUCGAGAGGGACGAAGUCCAGAACGUCUUCCGGGAGCUCCAGAUCAUGCAGGGGCUGGAGCAUCCUUUCUUGGUCAAUCUGUGGUACUCCUUCCAGGACGAGGAGGACAUGUUCAUGGUGGUGGACCUACUGCUGGGAGGGGAUCUACGUUAUCACCUGCAACAGAACGUACAUUUCACAGAGGGGGCCGUGAAGCUCUACAUCUGCGAGCUGGCCCUGGCCCUGGAGUAUCUGCAGAGGUAUCACAUCAUCCACAGAGACAUCAAGCCAGACAACAUACUGCUGGAUGAACACGGACAUGUUCACAUCACAGACUUCAACAUAGCGACGGUCGUGAAAGGCACAGAAAAGGCUUCCUCCAUGGCCGGGACCAAACCCUACAUGGCCCCGGAAGUGUUCCAGGUGUAUGUGGACGGAGGCCCUGGGUACUCCUACCCCGUUGACUGGUGGUCCCUGGGUGUCACGGCCUAUGAGCUGCUGCGGGGCUGGAGGCCAUAUGAAAUCCACUCGGCCACCCCCAUUGAUGAGAUCCUCAACAUCUUCAAGGUGGAGCGUGUCCACUACUCCUCCACGUGGUGCAAGGGCAUGGUCGCCCUGCUGAAGAAGCUCCUGACCAAGGACCCCAAGAGCCGCCUGUCCAGCCUCGGUGACGUCCAGAGCGCACCCUACUUGGCCGACAUGAACUGGGACGCGGUGUGGGAGAAGGCCCUGAUGCCCGGCUUCGUACCCAAUAAAGGGAGACUGAACUGUGAUCCCACAUUUGAACUUGAAGAAAUGAUUCUUGAAUCCAAACCACUUCACAAAAAGAAGAAGAGGUUGGCAAAGAACAGGUCCAAAGAUGGCACGAAGGACAGCUGUCCUCUGAAUGGACACCUCCAGCAGUGCCUGGAGACAGUGCGGAAAGAAUUCAUCAUAUUCAACAGAGAGAAGUUGAGGAAGCAGCAAGGGCAGAGCGGCCAGCUCUUGGACACAGAAGGCCGAGCCGGGAGCCAGGCCCAGAGCAAGCUCCAGGACGGGUGUAACAACAACAUCCUGGCUCACGCCUGCUCCCGCGGCUGCAGCAGCUAAGCCACCACCUGUGGCUUCCAGCGGGACUGCACACACCUCUGCCCUGCCCACCAAAAGCCCCUCUCUGUGCCACGAUGGUCCCUGCCUCACCUCU